CGAUUACUGUGGGAUUAAACAAAGAAAUUUCCAUUAAUCUUCUCUGUCGUCUCUCUCAUCAAUCAUCUUCUCUGUCCACAAGCACAACGUUUCUUUUAAAUUUGGGACGAAUCUUCGGAAGAUCUGUUACGGUGUCCGAUACUUGUUAUUCGCAGGCUUGAAUCGCGGCGGUUCCCGUGCCGUCUCGGGUUGUAGGGUUCCUCGUGACUUACUGUAAUGGCUCAAGCGACGGGGAGGGGACGGGUUGUAGGGGACUACCUUCUAAAUCGGCAAAUCGGCUCCGGUUCGUUCUCGGUGGUCUGGCAUGCCAUGCACCGGGUUCAUGGAACGGAGGUGGCGAUAAAGGAGAUCGUCACCGGAAAACUUAACAAGAAGUUGCAGGAGAGUCUCAUGUCGGAGAUUUUUAUUCUCAAGAGAAUCAAUCAUCCGAAUAUUAUUCGGUUGCAUGAUAUUAUAGAGGUUCCUGGUAAAAUACAUAUUGUACUGGAAUACUGUAAAGGGGGUGAUCUUUCUAUGUACAUUUCACGCCAUGGAAGUGUCCUUGAAGCAACAGCAAAGCACUUCAUGCAGCAACUAGCGGCUGGUCUACAAGUUCUCCGUGACAAUAAUCUUAUACACCGGGAUCUGAAGCCUCAGAACCUUCUGCUCUCCACAAAUGAUGAUAAAGCAGUUUUGAAGAUUGCUGAUUUUGGAUUUGCAAGAUCUCUGCAACCUAGAGGGCUUGCAGAAACUUUGUGCGGUUCACCACUUUACAUGGCUCCAGAGAUAAUGCAAAUGCAGAAGUAUGAUGCCAAGGCAGAUCUCUGGAGUGUUGGUGCCAUUUUAUUUCAGCUUUUACUCCAGAACAUUGUGAGAUCAACAGAGCUAAAUUUCCCUAUAGAUAAUAAGGAUUUGAGUCCUUAUUGCAAAGACUUAUGCCAAAAGUUGCUGCGGCGUAAUCCAGUGGAAAGGUUAACAUUUGAAGAGUUCUUUAACCACCCAUUCCUAUCUCAGGGUCAGCCAGAUGAGUCAAGGAUUUGGGCAUUUUCAAGAACAAUGGACAACUUUCCUUUGUCUGAAGGCCACCCUUUAAAGAACACAGAGGAAAGUUCUCAAGAGGACUGUCUACCUUUCCCUCUUGACAAUGAUUCUAGUGGUACUGAGGGGAGCCCUUCCUCUGUGAAGAGGAGGUCCUCAAUGAAGUCGACAUAUGGAUUUUCUAUUGAUACAAGAGAAAGGAGGGAAUCAACAUCAAAUGCUUUAAAUAACAUUGAUCUUACAAUCAGAUAUGGUGGUACCAGACAUAGAUUGGAUAAUACUAGUUUUAGGCUUGAAAGCAAUGAGUUUUCACAUGAAACUGCAGAUGAACCUCAGAAAUCCAUUGACCAAAAAUUAGUCAAUAUUCAGUCUAGAGGUGGGGACCCACUAGAGAUGAUCGAUCAAGAUUAUGUUAUUGUGUCUGGCUCAUCCAUGGAUUUGUCAUCUUCAUCAGCAAGUAGUUCCAAGGCAAACCAUAGUCAUAAACUGGGAAGUCCUCCCUUAACAUCCAUUAGUAAUACAACUGCAUCAGCUUCCCCUAUACCAAUCAUUGGUGCUACCAACACUAACAUCUAUCACAUUGGAAGCUCAGAAAGUCCAAACUCUGUUCCUGGGACUUCUCAAGGAUCCAUGGAUAUGCUAGAUGCACUGGAACAGCCAUCAUCUCAUGGUAUGACGAGGAUAAAGUCAUUGCAGCACUGUGCAUCUGCAAUUAAGGAAUUAGUAAAUGAAAAGAUUGGGACUGGCAGCCAGCUAGAAGCAUUCUCAAUUCAGCUUGUGAUUCUCGCAAUUUGGAAGAAGGCGCUGCAUAUUUUCCAUACACUGGCUGCCUCAGCUGUAGAAGGAAGUCCAAGUCAAGACAGUGCAAGAUUGAGGAGUACCAGCAAGGAGCUUGGUACACUUGACAUGGAAGAAUUUCAGGAUGUUGUCAAUAUUGAAGGUUCAGAAGAUAUAUCUUCACAGAUUGAGAGGGAAUUCCUACAGGAAGUUGAGCAUGCUGAGGAAUUUGCCAAAGUUAUUGAACCUGGAAGUACAGAGAUGCCUGAUGCAAUGGAGACAAUAUUCCAAGCUGCCCUUACUCUUGGCAGACAUGGAGGAGUUCAUGAGCUGUUGGGUAAUAUGGAAAGUGCAGCUCUGUUGUACUCAAAAGCAGUGCGGUUGUUAGUGUUCCUUCUAGUGGAAGCACAAUCGCUCAUUCUCAAUCCCCCGUUCUCUCUCACAAACUCAGACCGGUAUAGACUUAGAACUUACAUUGACGUUCUUAACAACCGGCAAGGUUAUUCAAGAUCUCAGAGGAUGUCGCUUCUCAACUGUAAGGAUCAGUCAUGAUCCAUAUAUAUUUUUUGCCCUAGAUGUCUAGCCCAGUUUUAUUUUGUACAAUAUUUAUUUGUACGGUUAUUCUUUCAGUAAUGAGAAUUAGAGUGCUCACAGGGGUCGUCAAACUGUAUAAAGGAUGGAUGGAGGUUGUAAUACUCAUUUCAUGUUUUAUGAAUUUUAAAUUUUGACGUGUUUAUGUCUUGAAGAAUAGAGGAUCUCCCCUUUG